GUGAUCAUAAAAAUCAUAAAAAUCACAUUAAUAGUCGACCAAAAUGUUCAAUGUUUAUGAUUACCAUUUUGAUAUUAUCAUCAUUUCAACAAUUAUUUCCAAUAAUGGUUAUGGGAAAUGAAUGUUCUCAUUUUAAUUACCAUCACGAUAAUCAUAAUCAUACGAUUGUUAAACGUGGCCUAUUCGAUCGUUAUGGCUUGUUUGGUGGUGGAAGUGUUCAAUCAUCACCCAGUCAGCAUCAACAGCAAUCAUCAUCAUUGAUUGGUGGUCAUAAUGAUGGCUUUACAUCAUCAUCAUCAUCAAUAAGCAAUAAUGGUAUGAAUCAUACAUAUUUUGAAGAAACGAAUCCGGAUAUCUAUUUUUCACAUAUGGUAAUCAAUGAAACCGUUGGCUUUGUCUAUAUUGGUGCCGUAAAUACUAUAUAUCAAUUGAAUUUACGGCUAAAAUUAUUGGAAAAAAUAUCGAUGGGACCAUAUGAAGAUUCAAAUGAUUGUCCAAUAUCGAAAGGUUGUGCACCGGAUGUAAAAAAACGGCUAUCAAAUUAUUAUAAUAAAGCAUUAGUUGUCGAUCCAAUGCAUCAAUGGCUAAUAUCUUGCGGUUCAUUAUUUCAAGGAACAUGUACAGCGCAUAGUCUUUACAAUAUAAGCCGUAUUAUCGAUCAACCACAAGAGCCGGUAGUGGCAAAUAAUGCUACCGCAUCUACCGUUGCAUUUAUUGCACCGGGUCCCGAUCCACAUAAACAAGUAUUAUAUGUUGGUGCUACAUAUACGGCUGGAUCAUAUCGAUCGGAUUUGCCCGUUGUUAGUUCACGAUCAUUAUUUGAUACAAAUUUAUUCCAAUUGGCAUUGGUUGGCGUAUCCACUGGAACACGUUUAAUCAUUAAUGCAUAUGCACGUGAUCGUUAUCCAAUCACAUAUAUUUAUGGAUUUCAUUCACGUGGUUUUAGUUAUUUUCUUACCGUACAGAAACGUAAUACUUUGCAAUCGGCAUUCAUGUCAAAAUUAGUCCGCAUUUGUCAGAAUGAUCCGGAUUAUUAUUCAUAUACCGAAGUACCAUUAGUAUGUCGUCAUCAAGGCCAUCAACAAAAACAUUUUAAUCUUGCACAAGCUGCAUUUAUUGGACGGCCAUCAUUAAAAUUGGCUAAUAUAACUGGCGUACGAUAUGAUGAUGAUCAUUUAUAUGUUGUAUUUGCCCGAUCGGUGGAUGAACAAACGAUGGAAGAUCCACGACCAUCUAGUCAUUCGGCAUUAUGUGUUUAUCCAUUAUCCACUAUACAUCGACAAUUUACCAAAAACAUACAACAUUGUUUCAAUGGUAAUGGUAUGCAAGGAUUAGAUUUCAUCAAUAUUGUGCAGAAAUGUGUUCCAACGCAAGUACAAAUUAAAGAAGAUUUCUGUGGUAUGGACGUCAAUCAACCAUUAGGAACGACAAAUCCAAUUGAAACUGAACCGGCAAUAAUGUUUGAUAAUGUAUUGCUUACAUCGGUUGCUGCAACUGCAACCAAUGAUUAUUCUGUUGCAUUUUUGGGUACAAAUGAUGGACAUCUGAAAAAAGUUGUUAUUGAAGGUCAACGACAUCAGGUGAAUGUUGAUCAAUCACGUGUAUCGAUCAAAGCAUAUGAAUUUGCCGAUAUUGUCAUACAACAAGGACAUCGAAUCAAUCCGGAUAUGUUUGUUGCACAUGGAUAUCUUUAUGUUAUGACAACAAGAAGGAUAACAAUGGUGAAAGUUCAAGAAUGUCAUCAGCAUCGUACCUGUAUGGAUUGUCUUGGUGCACGUGAUCCAUACUGUGGUUGGUGUUCAUUAGAGAAUAAAUGUUCAAUCCGGAAUGAUUGUGCAGAAGCAACAUCCGAUCCAUUAUAUUGGCUUUCAUAUAAAAGUGGUAAAUGUACAACAAUUUCCAAUGUUAAUCCAGCUCAAAUACAACGAACAACAACACGAACGCUCAAUCUUGUUAUUGAUAAUCUACCGAUGACAGAGAAUGGCCAUUAUCUCUGUGUAUUUACAAUGUAUGGAAAAUCACAGACAACAAAUGCAACACGUUCACCAACCGGUGUAUUCUGUCCAACACCAUCAACUGAUACAUUGCCAUUAAUACCAACGGAUACACAUUCAUUUACGGCAAAAUUAUCAGUACGAAUGCGUGAUGGGCCGGAUUUUGUUGCUACAAAUUUUACAUUCUACGAUUGUGCUUCAUUUACAUCAUGUACGGAGUGUGUUUCGAGCUUAUUUCCAUGCGAUUGGUGUGUUGGUGGUCAUCGUUGUACACAUGAUACUGGUGAACAUUGUCGAAAUGAAAUACUUGUUACCGGUAUCAAAUCAAUGGGACGUUCAAUACGUUCAGGUCCAAGUUUUUGUCCACGCAUUAAUUCCACUGUUAGUGGUACAACCGAAGUUUUGGUGCCGAACGGAAUGUCGAAACGUAUAUCGGUUAAAGUGGUUAACAUACCGCAGGCAAUCACAAUACGUUUUGUUUGUCAAUUCAAUAUUGAAGGUCGUGUGAAACAAGUGAAUGCGCAACUAUUAUCCGAUACAAUCUAUUGUGAAUCCUUGCAAUUCAAUUAUUUUACUAAUCUAACAAAUAUAACUGCUGAAUUCGCAGUCAUUUGGGAUGGUAAUAAACCAUUGGAUAAUCCGGAUAAUAUUCAUGUAUUGGUAUAUCGAUGUUCUGGUCUUGCGAAUAAUUGUGGAUUUUGUUUGGAAUUGGAUGAAAAAUAUAAAUGCGGCUGGUGUCAACAAAGUGAAAGCUGUCAAGUACAGGAACAAUGUCAACAUCAUAAUACAAUGUGGCUUAAUCGACAACAAAUUUGUCCUAAUCCAAGAAUAUUAGAUUUUUAUCCAAAAACUGGUCCAUAUGAAGGUGGUACUAAUCUAACAAUCGAAGGCAUUAAUCUUGGUCGUGUAUUCAAAGAUAUUGAAAAUGGUGUCGGAAUAUCACAUGAAGUGAAUGGUCAACAAGUUAGUCUCAUACCAUGUCAUCCGUAUCGUAAUGAUUAUCUUAAAACAUCGCGCAUUAAAUGUCGAAUACAAGGACGAAAUAUGUCCGCUGAUCCAUCGAUGAAAUCGAUAUCAGGUCCAGUAGUCGUUCAAGUACUCAAAGAAUAUACGGCUAAAUCACGUGAUCAUUAUAUGUUUGUUAAUCCGAAAAUAUUGACGAUCAAUCCCAGUAAAGGACCCGUAUCCGGCGGAACGUUAUUAUCUAUCGAAGGUCUCAAUAUGAAUGCUGGUAGUCGUGCGGAAGCAUUUCUCGGUGAUUUGCCAUGUAACGUGACUAAACGUGAAAUGAAUCAUGCUGAAUGUAUUACAUCGGCUCGUAUGAUGGCGGGUGAAGAAUUACUUAGUGUUCAUUUUGAUAAUGGUAUUCGUGUGUUUGAAUAUUAUAAUUAUCUUUAUGCUGAAGAUCCGAAAAUUGAAUCGGUGAUCAGUGAAGCUACAAUGAUGGCGAAUAAUCGUGUUGGUCAUAAACAAACAUUAGCCACUGCUGCUACAUCGGAUCUGAUGAUACCGAUCACACAUCGUGGUGAACAUCCAAAAGGUAUACCAAGCGGUGGCUUUACCGUACGUGUUCGUGGACAAAAUUUCAAUAUUAUUCAGGAGCCAAAAAUGUACGUCGAUGUUGAUGGUGAAUGGUUUGUAUCGAAUUGCACGGUAUUAAACCAUGAAGGAACUGAUAUGCGCUGUGAAACACCGGCUGUUCCUACUGAAAGAUUACAUUUCACACGCCAAGAAUAUAUUGAACUUGAUUAUGGUUUCAUCAUGGAUAAUGUUCAAUCAGUUCGUUCGUUGACUGUACCACGUGGUGGUGGUAAUCGUGAUCAUCCACCAUUUCCAAAAUUUCGAAUGUAUCGUCUGCCUGAUUUUCAUGAAUUUACUGAAUCUGAUCGUAUUAAAUAUUACCGUGGCGAAUAUCUAACCAUUAAUGGAAAUCAUCUGGAUAGUAUUGUACAAUCAAGCGAUGUUAACGUAUGGAUUGGAUCUGAACGUUGUAAUGUGACAUCAUUUUCACAAGUUCAAUUGACAUGCCGUCUACCAUCACAACGUCCAAUGGCUGAAGAUGAAAAUUAUCAUCAAACAUAUGAUCAAUUACCAGCUGUGAUUGUCGGUGUUGGAAAACGAUUCAAUAAAACCCUUGGAUUUAUGAGCUAUGAUUCAUCAUCGUCUGGAUCAUUCUUUUUCUUCUCAUCCGGUUCAAGUUCAGGAUCAUUGUAUAAACAUUUUUUCAUUGCCAUUGUUGUUGCUAUUUGUUUUCUAUUCGUUGUGGUUGUUGUCAUAUUGAUAUUGUAUCGAAGAAAAUCUACCGAAUCAUCUCGUGUAUUGAAAACAAUGCAAGAACAAAUGGAUGUUCUUGAGCUUCGGGUAGCAUCAGAAGCUAAAGAAGCGUUUGCUGAAUUGCAAACGGAAAUCACCGAUAUAACUGCUGAGAUAAAUAUUGGUGGUAUACCGUUCCUAGAUUAUCGUCUUUACACAUUGAAAGUAUUGUUUCCGAAUGAAAACAAUAAUCAUGCUGUCUUACAGGAACUAGCUCUCGAAACAAAUGAACGUGGCCAUGUUGAACAAGCGUUGACAAUGUUCGGACAAUUAAUAUUGAAUAAAACAUUCCUUCUACUUUUCAUUCGCACGCUUGAAUCGAAUCGUUAUUUUUCAAUGCGUGAUCGUGUCAACGUUGCAUCAUUAAUUAUGGUCACUCUUCAAGGACGAAUGGAAUAUUGUACAUCAAUAUUGAAAACAUUAUUGGCCGAUUUAAUCGAAAAAUGUAUUGAUGGUAAAUCACAUCCAAAAUUAUUAUUACGACGAACGGAAUCGGUUGCAGAAAAAAUGCUUUCAUCAUGGUUUACAUUUUUAUUAUAUAAAUUUCUAAAAGAAUGUGCCGGUGAACCAUUAUAUCUGCUUUAUUUUGCCAUCAAACAUCAAGUGGAUAAAGGCCCGGUAGAUGAAAUCACAUCCGAAGCUCGAUAUUCAUUAUCGGAAGAGAAAUUAAUUCGACAACAAAUCGAUUACAAAUCAAUGACUGUUUAUGUGUCCAUACAUCAGGCAUAUGCACCAUCAAAUUAUUUCAGCACACCGUUUGAUCAACCCUAUGGUCAGGUGACAACAAUGGGUGGUCAACAUCCACUACCAGGAAUACAACCAUCAUUAAUAGGUCCAAUUGCUCAGCUCAAUAAUAAUCUUGGUAUAUAUGGUGGACCAGAAUCACCAUUAUACAACCAUCAUCAUCCUUUAGCGACACACGCAAAUCCGCAACAAGAAUAUCUUACCGUACCUGUCAAAGUGUUGGAUUGUGAUACGAUUAGUCAGGUGAAAGAAAAAUCAAUGGAUACGAUUUAUCGUGGCGUGCCAUUUUCGGUGCGUCCAUUUCGCGAUGAUGAAUUAGAUCUGGAAUGGCGUACCGGGCAAAGUGGUAAAAUCACGUUAUUGAAUGAUGAUUCAACUAGUCGUGUUUCGGGUGAAUGGCGUCGUCUAAAUACAUUGGCUCAUUAUAAAGUACCUGAUUGUGCUAGCCUAAUAUUAGUGCCUAAUUCUAAACAACUAUACAAUUCAAUCGAUUAUAUGUAUGGUGGUGCUAUUGGUGCACCAAUCACUGGUCCUGUUAUGAGUGAAAAAAUUGGUACACUUGGUGGUGGAUCAUCAAGUUCAUCCAGUGGUUUUGCCACCGAUAAACAUCGUUAUGAACCGUUGAAUUUUCUCAAAAAUUCUAAUGCAUCCACUGGCGGUCUGUUAGGAUCAUCACCUCCAACAUCAUUAAGUAGACCAACAUCACCGCCAACAAAUCAUCAUCAUCAUUCAAAUGAUCAUCAUGAAAAUAAUGGCUAUCAUCAGCGUACAUGGCAUCUGGUUAAACAUCAUGACGCUGAUCAUGGAAAAGAAGGCGAACGAAGUAAUAAAAUGGUAUCGGAAAUAUAUUUAACACGUCUGCUAGCCACAAAAGGCACAUUACAGAAAUAUGUUGAUGAUUUAUUCGAAACAAUAUUUUCGACAGCACAUCGUGGAUCAUCAUUACCAUUAGCAAUUAAAUAUAUGUUCGAUUUUCUCGAUGAUCAAGCUAAACAUCAUGGUAUUAAUGAUAGUGAAGUUGUCCAUACAUGGAAAUCCAAUUCAUUACCGUUAAGAUUCUGGGUGAAUUUGAUUAAGAAUCCAAAUUUUGUGUUUGAUAUAAAUAAAUCGCCAACUAUCGAUUCAUGUUUAUCAGUUGUUGCACAGACAUUUAUGGAUGCAUGUUCAACAUCGGAUCAUCGAUUGGGUAAAGAUUCGCCAUCAUCAAAAUUAUUAUAUGCAAAAGAUAUACCUAUCUAUAAAGAAUGGGUUGAAAGAUAUUAUAAAGAAAUUGAAACAAUGCCCGCCAUUAUUAAACAAACCGAAAUCGUACAUAUUGUAUUGGAUGUCAAAACUGAUCAUAUUUUUGAAGUUAUGAAACAAGCACAGCAAGUUGGUAUACUAAGUGAACAACAUAAAUAUCUUAUAACAUCAUUAGAUCUACAUACAUUAGAUCUGGAAGAUUUUCGCCAUUCACGUACCAAUAUUACAUCAUUACGUAUUGUUCAAGAACAACAUCCGAAUAUGGAAAAUUGGAGUAAAUAUGCUUCCAUUGGAUCGACAACAACGACGGCCAAAAAUAGCCUUGGUUUUACUGGCAAUAAUUUUGAUCAUACUGUUCGACAUGUUAAGAGUAUAUCGGCAAUGAUAUUCGACGGAAUGGAAAUCUUGACCACAGCACUGUUAGAAUUGAAUGAAUUUGAUACAGCAUCAAUGGAUUGUCAUUCAAGUCAUGAUGUAUGGCAAUAUGGUACGACAAUAAUCAAUUUCAUUCGGCAAGUUGCUACCGAAGGCAUUACCGGCUGGGUAGGUUUCGAUGAAUCCGGUUUCCGUGCCAAUCUUACAUUUGAUAUAGUCACCAUGACUGAAAAUGAUUUUGAGCAAAUUGGUUUCUGGAAAAAUGGUAUCGUACAUAAGACAGAACAUUGGUAUCAUCAUCUACCAAGUCAGGAAAAAAUGCCACUUAUUCGUGUCACAACGGUUCUCAACGAUCCAUUUGUAAUGAAUGCAAAAAGUUCAAAAGAACUACAUGGUAAUGAUCGUUAUGAAGGAUUUGUUGUCGACAUGAUGAAAGAGAUUGGUAAAUUUCUUGAUGUUCGUUUUGAAAUCAAUCUGGUCAAAGAUGGUACAUAUGGUGCAUUGAUUAAUUCAACCACCAAUGUAUGGAAUGGCAUGAUUGGUGAAGUGAUGCGUGGUGAAGCCGAUAUUGCCGUCGCUGAUUUAACAAUCAAUUCGAAUCGAGAAUUAGCCGUCGAUUUUACCUAUCCAUUCAUGUCGACUGGUAUUUCGAUCAUUUAUAAAAAACCAACAACAAAAGAAACAUCACUUUGGUCAUUUUUAUCACCAUUCUCUACAGUUGUUUGGAUUUGUUUAUUGGCAGCGAUCGUCAGUAUAUCAUUAAUAUUUUUCUAUGUUGGACGUUUUACACCAUAUGAAUGGUGUGAUCCACAUCCAUGUAAACAUCAUGAACCUGUAUUAGAAAAUCAAUGUAAUAUGCGUAAUAGUUUCUGGUGUAUUAUCGGUUCAUUGAUGCAACAAGGUUCAGAUGUUGCUCCCAAAGCGAUGAGCACACGAAUCAUAUCUGCUAUCUGGUAUUUUUUCACCUUAAUCAUUGUAUCAUCAUAUACGGCUAAUUUAGCUGCAUUUUUAACCGUUGAAAAAGUGCCAUUUCCAUUUGAAAAUGUUGAACAAUUAGCACAACAAGCCAAAAUUAAAUAUGGAUGUUUAAAAAAUGGUGCUACACAUAAAUUUUUCGCCAAUUCGAAAAUUCCGUUGUAUAGAAAAAUGGCUGAAUUUAUGGAACAACAUCCUGAAGUAUUGAUGCCAAGCAAUGCAAAGGGUCGUGAAAGAGUAGAAAAAGAAAAUGGAAAAUAUGCAUUCUUUAUGGAAUCGGCUACGAUCGAAUAUAUUACUGAACGUUAUUGUAAUCUAACACAAGUUGGUGGUCUUCUUGAUUCAAAAGGAUAUGGUGUAGCCACAAGAAAAGGUGCUAAAAUUCGUGCAUCACUAUCCGAAGUGAUACUAAAAUUACAGGAAACAGGAGUAUUACAACAACUAAAAGAUCGUUGGUGGAAACAAAAAGGUGGUGGUCAAUGUGUAGCUGCAUCAACACCAUUAACCGAAUUAGGUUUAAAAAAUCUUGGUGGUGUUUUUGUUGUACUCGUUGUUGGAUCUUUGGCUGCAUUGAUUUUUGGUAUUUGUGAAUUCCUGAUCAAAACCAGAAUAUCAACUAAUGAUUCAGCAACAUAUCCAAAAGAUCUUUGUGAAGAAUUUAAAUUUGUUAUGUCAUGUCAGAAAUCGACAAAACUAUUGAAACGUCGAAGUAUGAAAAGCUUAAGUCAAACACCAGCAGUCGGCAGCGGUAUUGGUGCAAUUACAUCCGGUGGUAGUGGCAUUAGUGGCCAACAACAACAACAACGACAACCACAAUUAUUGAUAAUGUCAAAUAAUGUGAAUGAUCCCAAUCAGCCAUUAAGUCCUACACCAACAACAACUACAAUUCCUACAAUGAUAAUCGAUAAUAAUCAUAGUUAUCAAUCGAAUGGUAGUAUUCAUGGUUAAUA